GCUUGUGAUCAUCUGUGCAGACCCCAGAUAACACCAUUCCCAAAGUAGUUUAGGCUCUUUGUUUAGGUUCCUCGGUAGAGGAGGAUGGUUUAUUAGCUGCAUAGUGUGGUAGAGCUGUUCUUGCUACUCAUGUAAUAACAAGCAGAGUGAUUAAAAAUCCGAAGGAAAGACAGGCUGUACUUUGGGGGUUUUCUGAUUCAGAACUUGUCUAUUAGUAGCUGUGAAGUCAGAGGAGCUAAAUGAGGCUUUUUGGAAUGGGACACACACACCAGCGUUAGCUGUGUGCUUGCUUGGAAUAACAGAAAUACGGCCUGUGCAUGUGUGGACUGGAAAACAAGAGGUUGGUUUUGGUGUCUCUAACACCAAGAAACCGGAGGGAAUGCAGGGCUGUGACACAGCCCUCUGCCUCCCCUGGAGCUGCUGAGUGUUUGCUCUGGCUGCACAAAGACCAGGAUCCUCCUCAAGGGGCUGACACGUUAUUUGCCUGAGUCAGAGAAGUGAAAGAAUGGUACAGAAAGGCAGUGUGGUUAAUUCCCUCCCACUGCUUUUGUUCCACAGGAGAUCAUUAAAGCUGAAAGGCAAUGAUAACAGUGAAGGCCUUCCAGAGUCUAUCCCAUCUGCUCCUGGAACACUGCCUCAUUUUAUGGAAGAACCAGAUGAUGCCUACAUUAUAAAAAGCAACCCCAUUGUCUUACGCUGUAAAGCUAUGCCAGCUAUGCAGAUUUUCUUCAAGUGCAAUGGUGAAUGGGUCCAUCAAAAUGAGCACGUGUCUGAGGAAAGCAUGGAUGAGACUACAGGAUUGAAGGUUCGGGAGGUGUUCAUCAAUGUGACGAGACAGCAGGUGGAAGACUUUCAUGGCCCAGAAGAUUACUGGUGUCAGUGUGUUGCAUGGAGCCAUCUAGGGACCUCAAAGAGCAGGAAGGCGUCUGUCCGCAUAGCUUAUUUACGGAAGAACUUUGAGCAAGAUCCCCAAGGGAAGGAGGUUCCCAUCGAAGGGAUGAUCGUCCUCCACUGCCGCCCGCCCGAGGGAGUCCCUGCAGCUGAGGUGGAAUGGCUGAAGAACGAGGAGCCCAUAGAUUCCAACCUGGAUGAGAACAUUGACACCAGAGCAGAUCACAACCUCAUCAUUCGACAGGCACGUCUGUCUGACUCGGGGAACUACACCUGCAUGGCUGCCAACAUCGUUGCCAAGAGGAGGAGCAUGUCUGCCACAGUCGUGGUGUACGUUAAUGGAGGCUGGUCAUCCUGGACCGAGUGGUCCAACUGCAACGCUCGCUGUGGUCGGGGCUGGCAGAAACGUUCCCGGACCUGCACCAACCCUGCUCCGCUCAAUGGAGGUGCCUUUUGUGAAGGGAUGUCUGUACAGAAAAUCACCUGCACUUCUCUCUGCCCUGUGGAUGGAAGCUGGGAGGUGUGGAGCGAGUGGUCUGUGUGCAGCCCCGAGUGCGAGCACCUGCGGGUUCGGGAAUGCAUCGCGCCGCCUCCCCGCAACGGGGGCAAGUACUGCGAGGGCGUGAGCCAGGAGUCGGAGAACUGCACCGAAGGGCUCUGCAUUCAAGAUAAAAAACCUCUUCAUGAAAUAAAAUCCCAAAACAUUGAGACUGCCAGUGACAUCGCCCUGUACUCUGGCCUGGGAGCCGCAGUCAUUGCUGUAGCCGUGCUGGUGGUUGGCGUCACCCUGUACAGGCGGAGUCAGAGUGAGUACGGCGUGGAUGUGAUUGAUUCAUCUGCACUGACAGGAGGCUUCCAGACAUUUAAUUUUAAAACAGUCAGACAAGGUAAUUCCCUGCUUUUGAACUCAUCCAUGCAGCCUGACCUGACGGUGAGCAGAACAUACAGCGGGCCCAUCUGCCUGCAGGACCCCAUAGACAAGGAGCUGAUGACAGAGUCAUCCCUGUUCAACCCGCUGUCAGACAUCAAAGUCAAAGUUCAGAGUUCAUUCAUGGUGUCCUUAGGGGUGACAGAGAGAGCUGAGUACCAUGGAAAGGCGCAUUCUGGAACUUUUCCUCAUGGGAAUAAUAGAGCUUUUGGUACAAUACAGGCUAGAAACAAGGCUACAUACAUUCAGAACCUGUCUUCUAUUUCAACCACAAGUGAGCUGAAGACAACUGCCAUUUUUGGACACCUGGGAGGCCGUCUAGUGGUUCCAAACACAGGAGUCAGUUUGCUGAUACCCCAUGGAGCAAUUCCUGAGGAGAGUUCAUGGGAAAUCUACCUUGCCAUCACUCAAAAGGAAUCCAGCCUAGAGCCAGAGGGCACGGAUGUUCUUCUAGGGCCAGAAGUCACAUGCGGGCCCUCAGAGGUGGCUGUCAGCACCCCCUUUGCCCUGACCAUACCGCACUGCGCACAGGUCAAUUCGGAGCACUGGAACAUUCACCUGAAGAAACGGACACAGCAAGGAAAAUGGGAGGAAGUGAUGUCUGUGGAAGAGGAAACUACUUCUUGCUACUGCCUGUUGGAUCCUUAUGCCUGUCACAUUCUCUUAAACAGCUUUGGAACUUAUGCUCUUAUUGGAGAACCGAUCUCUGACUGUGCCGUUCGACAGCUGAAAGUCGCCGUUUUUGGCUGCCUGUCUUGCAAUUCUCUGGAUUACAAUCUGAGAGUGUAUUGCAUGGAUAACACACCUUGUGCGUUUCAGGAAGUGGUUUCAGAUGAAAGACUCCAAGGAGGACAAUUACUGGAGGAACCCAAACUCCUGCAUUUCAAAGGGAAUACCUUCAGUCUGCAGAUAUCUGUGCUUGAUAUCCCUCCGUUCCUUUGGAGGAUUAAACCAUUUACUGCAUGUCAGGAGGUGCCCUUCUCCCGUGUGUGGUGCAGCAGCCCCAAGCCUCUGCACUGCGCCUUCUCCCUGGAGCGCUACAGCCCCGCCACCACGCAGCUGGCCUGCAAGGUCUGCGUGCGGCAAGUCAAGGGCCACGAGCAGGUCCUGCAGAUCCAGACCUCCAUUCUAGAGAAUGAAAGAGAAACCAUCACUUUCUUUGCACAUGAUGACAGCAACUUUCCUGCACAGAUGGGCCCAAAAGCAUUUAAAAUCCCCUACUCCAUCAGGCAGCGGAUCUGUGCAACGUUUGACACACCCAACGCCAAAGGCAAAGACUGGCAGAUGUUAGCACAAAAGAACAGCAUUAACAGGAAUCUCUCCUAUUUUGCUACACAAAGCAGUCCAUCUGCUGUCAUUCUGGACCUCUGGGAAGCCCGACAUCAGCACGAUGGUGACCUUGACUCCCUAGCCUGUGCCCUGGAAGAAAUAGGAAGGACACACUCCAAAAUCUCAGACAUAACAGAAACUGAGGUUGAGGAGCCCGACUUCAACUACAGCAGGCAAAAUGGACUUUAGAUACUCUCUCCAUUCAAGAACUGAUGGCCAGCUUUGACUAUGACACUAGAGAUUCUCUUUGGCAGGGAGGAAAUAAGGGUUUCUGCACAUCAGGGUCUGCAUGGAGACAGACACUCAGUUCCACAAUGCAGUUUUCAGUUGGAGGAGCAGAAGCAGCCCUAUUAAAAAUCCUAAUUACAGGACACAGUAAUACUGAUAUAAAGCCUAGUGGAAAUCAGUGAAUAUGAUAUGGAAUAUUUGAAGCCACUAGAAGUUAAUCCUGGUUUAAAGCUUUGGCUUUUGGGGCCUGGAGCUCCCUUUGUCCUGCAGCUCCAACUUACCACACUUAGAGUGGGUUUAAGAUGCUAUUCAAUAGCAUCAGUUGUCCCUUUGUAUCUGCUACAGGAAAACUGGCCGCCUCCUGUUCAGAUGUUUGAGGAAUUAGAGGAUCUUGUAACUAUUUAAUUGAUACUGUUUGUAUUCCAACCAGUUCCUUUUAAACAUUCAAUCACUUGGUGAAUGUACUGCUGCUGCAGAGCUUACUCUGUUAACAAAGGAACAGAACAAACCCCUCCUCUGUGGAAUUAGUGUGUGCCUGAGAGAGAUUUUCUCAAGUUCUUGGUCUGCAAAUGUUCAUUUAGUCCAAAAAUGUUUCUUUGGGGGUGGAUUUAAAUAACCAAAAAUCACACGGGAAAUCACCAGCCCUGUUUUAGCAAGUUUACACAUUUUUCGCUUACUAUAGGUACUGAGGCUAAACUCAAAAGUCAAAGUGAAGUCAGGCAACACAGCUUGAUUUUUGUUUUGUUUCAGACAAACAAUAAACCCCACAGGCUCCUGCCAAAAAUGGGCUUCAUUCCAUUGUACACCCUGCAAAUCUCACAGGACGUGAAGCUCGGCUGUGUUGUUCCACUUGGUUUAGUUACAAACAUGGCACUGACCACCAGAUUCACCCAGAAUGUAAAGCUAAGAGAAUUCUCCUCGUUUUUUCUCCAUUAUGUACAAGAAUAACUUAUUACUUCAACUGAACCAAAAAGAGCUGUCACUGUGAGCAAGUGGAGCUGGUGCUGAGCCAAAUUUAACCUUUAUCUUACUUAUGUAUUCUUUCAAAUGAGCCAAGGAGCUCUGGCCGCGGGCUGUUGGCUUUGGUGAGAGGGACACUAUCAGUACAAAGCAAAACAAAACCGAGAUUUCAGGAGCUCUAUGGAAGUGCAAGAAAUGGAAAAGAAGCACUCUGGGCUCUUCCCCCUGUGUUUGGUCAAGAGCAGCACAACAGGCCACAGAGUAGGUACGUAGUGUGCCAAUCUGUGAUAAUCUGAACCUGUUUCCUUACCCAGGUUCUAGUCAUGAAAGGUGUGAUGAGCUACCCUUCAUUUAAACCUUGGCUUGUUCUCGCUGCUCUGAAACUGUAAAUCUCAUUGCUUGCCCUGCUCAGCAGGCUGCAAUAGUGUUAGACUUAUGAAUACUUAAGAUUUCCCCCAACGUUUUCUGCACUUUAGUAUUUCAUGCAGCCUGACAUGAGAGUUCCUGUUUGCAGUGGGAAAUCAUAAUGGCUGUAAGCAUAUUUGCGACAGAGACAAAAAUACCUGCUUCUUUGGCUGCAAGCUGUCACUGUUUUCAGCAGCACAUGGUUCUAUCUGUGUUUGGAUUAUAUUUCUAGUGACUUCCAGUCCUCCUCCUCAGAAACCUGUUCUUCAUUGGACAAAAUGUCAGGAAUUAAGUAAAAAUAGGGAAUGGCAUCCACAGCAAAGCGGCAGAGCUUUAGUGAGCUGUGGUUGUCUGGGAAACCAGCUCCAGGUUUAACUGCACUCUCGGGCAGUUAAUUUGUGCUCAGCUUCUCCUCAGAUGCUGUUUAAUUUUCAGACUAGCUUCUGUUCCCUACCACAGCAAAGAGCAAAGCAUCACCCUGCAGGUGCCGAGGCACACCCAUGUCAUCCCAAAGAGCUGCAUGUAUCCCAUCUUGUUUUCCCAGUGUGAGCUCCACACAAAACCUGGGGUCAGAAAGAGCUGAGCACAGAGCUUCAACCCAAAAGCUUUAUCUCAGGAAAUGCAGAGUGUUCACUUCCCAGGCUUGGGCAGCUUUGAGAAACCUCCAUGUACAGACACCCAAUGCUGCUUUUGGAAUGCUCAGCAAAGCCCAGAGAGAGAGAAACCAGCAGCUGUGCAGGCUGACCUCCUCCAAAGUACAUCUAAAGGGGCCUUCGGAUGGAAGGGAUCCGGGUUCUACACCAAAUCCCAGUUAGAUGCAAAAAUCCCAUCAAAUUGAGUGUCUGCAUUAACCUACUGAAAAGGAAUAGAUGUCAAAGUUGCUUACAGAGCCAGAAAAGAAACCCUUCAGGCUGGGGCCUGAGGUAAGAUUAUAAUUCUACAUCACUCAGUGGAGUAUUACUGUUUCCCUUUAGGUUUUGAUUCCUGUUUUCACUUUUGCUAAAGCAGCAGCUUUGUUACUGAGCCUAUUUUUGUGACUCUGAAUCAAGAACUCUUGCUUUUUCUCUAACCUGUUCUUGUUUUGGUGCUCUUGUACUGUUUUAAGUGGACUGGAAAUGCCACAACACUACUGAUUUACCUUCCUCCCAUUGGAAUGGGGUUUGAAGCAGUAACCAGACCAUGCUACCAGGAGCUUAUCCAGCUGUACACCUGGAGUCCUAAAAGAAUGGCUAUACUGUCACGUGAAAAUCCAUGUAGAGCUGUGUGGUAUCCUUAAGAGGGCCCAGGAAACAGUGUAAGUAAUGGGCCCCUGUACUAAGGGAAUUCCUCAGCAGGGAGUUGCAUCUGAACCACUGUGUCUAAGAACCACUGAUACUGUCCUUCAGAAACCUGACUUAGAUCCCACAGAAACACUUGGCCUUCAUGAGCACUAUCCAGGAGAAACAAGUGCCACGACCUUCUCUUGGGUUCUUUAAACAGCCCUUCCUUUCCUUACCACACGCUGCCUGACCAUUGCACUAGGUUCUCCUUGUCCUAUGUAAACAGGGUACUGAAUAAACCACUGCUGAAUCACCUUGUCCAUACCACACACCCUUGGACAGGCUUCUCUCAUACCUCAUUCCCACUCACAC